AUGGUAUGGUAUGGUAAAAAUUUUUCUACUUUACUCUCUUUUUCGACUCAUCGCAUUGCACUAAAAGAUGAUGAAAAAAAAAAACUAUCAAUCAUUAACUUACACUUCCUUAUUCAAAACACAACCAUAAUGUCUAUUAAUAUUGUUUUGGAAGAAAUCAAAGGAACUCCUUCUUCAAUUAUUCCAAUAUUAUCAUUUUUACAUAAUGAUAAACAAAUCUUAUCUUGUAUCACCAAAGUUGAAUUGAAUCAUCUUAUUUCAAGAACAUUAAAUUUAAUUAGAUCACCUGAACCUUAUAAGAAAUGGUGUGGGAUCAAUUUAAUUAGAGUCAUAAUAGAAGAAUAUUCUAUUUUAGCUAGUGAAGGUAAUAAUUUAAUGAAUAGUUUAUUACAAGUUUUAGAAAAUUAUAAUGAAACUAUUGAUUUAAAAAUAUUGACCAGUUGUAUUGAUACAAUCAAUUAUAUGGGGAAUUUAAUUCGAGGUAAACCAACAUUAACAAGAGAGAUUUUAACUCCAAAAUUGAAUUCAAUAAUUGGAUAUUAUUUUGAAUAUUUACAUUUUGCUCCAUUAUUAAUUUUGAAUUCAUUACAAACAAUAUUGAAAUUCCAUCCUACAACAUUUAGACCAUUUGGUAAUAAAUUAAAAGCCAAAUUGAUUACUUUAAUUGAUCAUGAUGAAUUUAUAAAUUAUCCUCAAAAUUUACAAAUGGCAAUAUAUGAUACUUUAGCUAUGCUUCCAAUUAUUGAAAAAAUUGAACCAGAAACAAAAUGGUAUAAUGAUGUUAUUAAUAUUAUUGGAGAAAUUAAUGAAUUGAUUCAAGUUUAUCAAGAAUUUAUAAAUUUUAAAGAUGAUCAAGAUUUAUUUAAUUUGAUUCACAAAAUAUCUAAACCUUCCACUAAAAUUUUAACUGAUUUAUCAAUUGAUUUUAAUAAACCACAAACAAUUUUAACUAUUUCAAAUCAUUUGAAUAUUCUUGUGGGGAUUUUGAAAAGUUAUAUAACUAUGGAAACUUCAUUCACAGUGAAAUUACCCAUUGGAAUAAUUUUAAUUAUUUGUGAAUUAGUAUGUUCUAUUAAUAUCAAAUUUUUAUCAUUUAAAGGAGAUAUUCGUGAUGAAACAAUUAAAAAAUUAAUUAAAACUAGUUUAAUAGAAAAUUAUCGAUCAAUAAUUGGAUUAUUAAUUGAAUUAAUCAAUUAUUAUCAAGGUGCAUUGAUUCCUCAUUUGAAUACUAUUUGGUCAUUUUUAGAAACUUUAAUUCCAUUUCAAAAUAAAAGAAUUGUUAAUGAAGAAAUUAUUGAUGAAGAAAGAUUAUUUGUGGAAAUUUUACAAUUCAUGAAAGAAAGUUUAUCUCUUUUGGGUAAUGUUUCUGAAAAUACUCAAUUAUUAAGAUUUGUUGAUAUGGCAUUAGUCUUAGUUGAACCAAGAAUGAAUUCAUCAUCAUCAUUAGCCAACAAUAAUAAACAAACUAACCACCACCAGCCUCAAAAUAGAAAACAAAAGAAAAAGAAAAACACUUCGGCAGUGGCAUUAUCAGAUAUAUUAUCUCAUGAACAUUUAUUUAUGAUUAGUAUCCCUGAAAAUACUAUCAAAUCAGUUAGAUCAUUUAUCAAUCAAAUCAUUCAAAAAGUCAUUUUACCACCAACUCAACAUUAUAAAAUUAUGAGAUAUUUAAUAAUUGAAUCAAUUCAUGCCAAAUAUUAUAAUUUACAACAUAAUGUCCCAAUUGAAUUGAAAAAUUUAUUAAUAAAUGCUGUAUUAUAUCCUGGUUAUGAUAAAAUUAGUAUUUUACCUAUUGUAUCAUCUAUUUUAUCUGAUGAUCAAUUAUUAGGGGUUUUCAAUAAUCCAAAAUUCCCACCAUUACCGAAAUAUAUCAAUUUAGUAAAUAAUAUUGAAGAUGGACAGGAAGAUGAAGAAGAGGAGGAACCAGAGGAAGAAAAUGAAGUAGAUGUGAUUGUUGAAGAUGAAUCAUCAGCAAUACCAAUGAAAAAGAGAAAGUUGGAUAUUGAAUCAAAACAAGAAACUGAAAAUAAUGAGAUUAUUCCAGUAGAAGAUCAAUCUAAGAUUUUCACUGCCACUAAAGUUGAACAAUUGACAUUAACACCAGCAACAACAAUUGAAAAUAAUCCGGUUGUGAUUGAAGAGUUGACGUCUACUAAAGAAGUUGUUGUUGAUGCUCCAACUAAAGUAGAUAAUAUAAUACCAACUACAACAAAUACCGCUCCAACAAAUGAUGGCGACGAGGAUGCUGAAGAUGAUGAAUCUUCUGAUUUUGAAAUGCCUGAAAUCAAUCUUGAUCAAGAUUCUGAUGAUGAAUAA